AUGACGACCCACUUCAAGAAGAACCAGAAGCACCCCGAUGGCCGCUGUAACACCGGAGGCAUGCACCACCACCGCAUCCUCUCCGACAAGUACCAUCCUGGGUACUUCGGCAAGCUUAGAGAGGAGAGAAAAGGGAAGCGUCUCGCAGAGGAAGAGAAGCGCAAAGCAGCCAUCACCAUGGAAUCAGAGCUCUCGAGUUUAUCCGGUCCUUUACACAAUCUUCUUUGCUCUCCAUACAUCGAGCUCGACGAGAGUUGCUUUGAUAAGGUGAGGGCCAAACACCUGCUAACGCUCGUUGGCUGCUGCGUUGAUACUGAUCUUGUUGCCUGUAUGGAGAGAGGAGGGAGAGCUGCCUUCAUUGCUUAUGCUAGAUGGUUUAUGGAUCACUACCAUGGACAAAAGGUCACUCAUCUUCGUCUUCAUCUUAGCCUCUCGGACCCUUCCCAAUAUAAUGAUGAUGUCAAGAACUUGAUCUAUUGGGCUGUUUCUAGAGGUGCUGAAGAGCUCGAUCUCGACUUUGCCAACGUGGGUCACCGUUACACGGGCUUUGCUGAAUUACCAUGCGAUUUCUUAUACCGUCACAAGUCACCCCACAUAUUGAGGAUAUCAGGCUGCAAUUUUGAGCCUGCAGGUUUCAGGUUCACGGAAUUGAGAAAGCUGUCCAUCGAAAAUGUCCAAGUCAAUCCCAACACAAGCGUCGAGCUCCUAACUUGCGAGAGCCUAGAGGAUCUCGCACUUAAGGUGGUGGAUGAUCCUACUUCUUUCCAUAUAGUUGAUCCUAAUCGAAUGCUUAAGAGGGUGACCAUUGAAGGAUGCUUAAGCGGUCGAACAGGUACAGCAUCAAUUAGAAUUGAAGCACCAUGUCUUAAAUAUUUCAAGUACUCUGGCUUUGUCAUGCCCAUUAUUGUUGAGGGCUGUCCUCCACUUGAUGAAGCGGAACUUGAUUUUAAUCUUGAAUAUGCAUUCUAUCGUCACGGCAAUCUUAUCUCAGAGAUACUCUUUCACCUUCAGAAUACUAGGGUGCUUACUGUAUGCAGCUAUGUAACUCAGGUCAUUCCUUUUGGUUUGGGGAUACUUCACCGACCAAUGGUCAUUGCCCAGCUCAGACAUCUGGUUUUGAAGAAUACAAUGCUACAUGUCAAUGAGGCAGCAGGGAUUGUUUUCCUUCUUAAUUGUUUUAUCAUGUUGGAGACUCUGACAAUCGAAAUGGGAUAUAGAGAACAGCUCACUGCUAUCUGGCUUGCUGAUGAAGAAUAUUGUAGGCCUUCACUAGAUGUGAAAACAUCUUGGGAGUCUCAAGUGUCACCAAUUGUUUGCCUUGAGAGGCAUCUGAAGAACGUGUGCAUAAAAAACUUCAGGGGGCAUGAAAAUGAGGUACACUUUUUGCUAUUUCUGCUGAAAAAGUCUCGGAGAAUCGAAGAACUAUCAGUUGGCAUUGCAAAUGAAACAAAGCAGGAUUGGGAGAACUAUGAGACUUAUGCAUUAGCUGCUCGGCAAUUGCAACAAUGUGACAAAGCCUCACCUGGUCUUAAGAUUCGCAUAUCCUAA